AUGGUGGUGAUUCGGCUGGUCACGGACAAACGCACUGAUCCCUGGCUUUACGAUGCAAUUCUGGAUGCGGAGCACCACACCGAACAAGAAACUGCAAAUAUGGUGUUGCGUGACCGCACUUUGAAAGGGCAUCCCUUCAUCCGCCUGUUGCCUGCGUUGCUGGCGGCUUUGGUGACCGUGCCUUGCUUCGUUGAUGCUGAGGGCACCUACAAGACGUACAUCGGCGCUGGAGCUUUGCCACCUGAUGGUUUCACCAAUCCUGCUGACCCGCGAGUGCAAGAAGAGCUCACGGACCGACUGAGUGCCGAAGUGCCUUGCAAAACUUGGGUCCAACUCUGGAAGUUAAAUCCUGCGCAGGAUGAAGAUGAUGAUCUUUACAGCGAUGACCUGAGGCUGCGAGCCAAGAUGCAUGCCAGAUCCUGGGAUGAUGCGGUGCAACUGUUGGCCGCCCUUCGCCAGAGAGCUCUUCGGUGCGACGUUGCUUUCAACAAGAUCCAGUUUGAUGCCACCAAGUCCGUGACCGAGGUCCACAUCCAGAUGGCAUUGCAGGAUGACACCACCUUCGAGGACUUGAGACAGAAGACCGAGCUCUAUGAACAAGUCAGCCAACGAUGGAUGUCAGAAGGACUGGCUGCUAUGGAGAUUUUUGAUCUCACUCAGGAUGACUCCCCAGAGGAGCAACAGGAGACAGAGUCCAACGAUGAGGGCGUCAGGCUGACCGUCUAUGCAGUGACUGAGAUUGUCGAGACCUAUGAGGUGGCCGAUGAUGAGGAGAUCUUCUUCGAGUGCUGCACUGGAGAGGAAGAUGAUGAGCCCAGACUUCAUCUGAUGGGAAGACAGGCUGGGGACUAUCCAAGGAUGAUCAUGGUCUUUUCCUUGAGUGAUGCAGAAGAUGAACUACAAGUUGAUGCAGUGAACGACGCAAGCUCAACUGCUGGUCGAGGUGGUGAUGAUCCGCAGCCACCCGACGAGGUGAUGGCAGAAGAAGCAGCCCAGAGGCAUGUGAGAGAGGUGACAGUGAUGAUGACGCUACACAACCCAGGAGUCUGGAGACAUAGCAGCAGUAGCGAGGAUGGCAAGGUGAAGGGCAAGCUGGCUCGAUGGGAGAAGUGGCGGUUCAAGCUCAAGGAGGUGAAGGCUUUGAAGUUGGAGUUGCGGCCCGAUAUUGUCAGCUACAACUCUGCCCUUAGCACAUUUGGCAUAAGUGAGUGGGGCUGGGGCAUACAGCUGCUGGAAGAUGUUCAGGCACAGAGUGUGCAAACGGAUGUGAUUUCGUACAACGCAGAGAUCACAUCCAGUGAAGGGGUGCGCUGGGAACAGGUACCACCACUUCUGGAAAGGCUGCGGCUAAAAGACCUUGAAGCAACCUUGAUCACACUGAAUUCUGCCAUGAGUGCUUGCGAAAAGAGCGAUCAAUGGGAGGAAGCCUUGCCCAUACUACAGCAGACGCGUGAUUGCUUAUUGCAGAGUACCAUUGUCACGUAUGGGUGCGCCAUUAGUGCGUGUGAGACCGGCUCUAGAUGGGAGAAUGCUUUGCCUUUUCUACAGGAGUUUCAGGACAAGAUGGGCCAUCCGAAUCCAAUCACCUUUAAUGCUGUCAUCAGCUCGUGUGGAAAAGGAGAGCAGUGGCAGCUAGCUCUUGGCCUGUGCAAGCAAAUGCAAUUCCUUCAGCUCUGCCCAAGCCACGUGACUGUCAAUGCUGCCAUCACCGCGCUUGCGAAGGGUGGCCGGUGGCAAGAAAUCUUGCAACUUCUGGUUACUGGGCAGGGGCACCUUCCACGCUUCAAAGAUUUGCAAAAGACAGUCAUCCGCUAUGGAGGUGCCAUCACUGCAUCUAUGCACUUGUGCCACCGAGACAUCAAACCAGAGCACAUUCUCAUCAAGGCACAGUGGGACAAGUACUCUGAGGGAGUUGACGUUUGGUCCUGUGGGGUGGUCAUGUAUUUGCUGCUCACAGGAUAUCCUCGGAGGGCAAAGGCAUUGGCGGAAUUCCAGAACAUGCGUAGCGAUGACUUCAGGAGAGCUUUGACAAAAGGCAAGUUGCACAGCCUCCAGGAACGAGGUGAUCAUAUAUCCCAACACGCCCACAAGUUGCUGGAUAUGCUGAUCAUGACCUCUGAAGAGCAUCGGGCAACUCCACGACAAGCAGCCAAAUCCUUACUUAAGUUUGCUGUUACAUGCAGUGCUUUCUGCAGAUAA